GUUGACAUUUUUUCCCUCUUUUAUUUUCCUGGGAGAAAAAAGAUUAAUAAUUUCUCUAGUUUGCGAUCUCGAUCAUCUUGGAUCCAAGCGAUUGCUAAAAUGUCAAUGUCUCGCCUUGGAUUGUUGUUAUUCGUGGCUAUAUUCCUCGUUUUGGUUCAAUCUUCCACUUGUCUGAUUAGUUCUCCAAGUUCUAUCAUCAACCCUUCGAAAGUCAAACAAGUUUCUUCGAAGCCCAGGGCAUUUGUGUAUGAAGGCUUUUUGACGGACUUGGAAUGCGAUCAUCUAAUCUCUCUUGCGAAAGAGAAUCUACAGAGAUCUGCGGUUGCUGAUAACGAUAAUGGCGAGAGUCAAGUCAGUGACGUUCGUACCAGCUCCGGCACGUUUAUCUCCAAAGGAAAGGAUCCUAUCGUUUCCGGUAUUGAGGACAAGCUUUCAACAUGGACAUUCCUCCCAAAAGAGAAUGGGGAAGACCUUCAAGUAUUGAGAUAUGAGCACGGUCAGAAAUAUGAUGCUCACUUUGAUUACUUUCACGACAAAGUCAAUAUCGCCCGUGGUGGACACCGCAUAGCAACGGUUCUCAUGUAUCUUUCCAAUGUCACAAAGGGUGGAGAAACUGUUUUUCCCGAUGCACAGGAAUCUUCUCGCCGUUCCCUUUCUGAGAACAAAGACGAUCUUUCUGAUUGUGCAAAGAAAGGAAUCGCUGUGAAACCAAAGAAAGGGAAUGCUCUGUUGUUCUUCAACCUUCACCAAGACGCAAUCCCAGAUCCCUUGAGCCUUCACGGAGGUUGUCCAGUGAUUGAAGGGGAGAAAUGGUCGGCAACAAAGUGGAUCCACGUGGACUCAUUCGACAAGAUAUUGAGUCAUGACGGGAGCUGUACGGACGUAAACGAGAGCUGUGAGAGGUGGGCAGUGCUUGGGGAAUGCGCAAAGAACCCAGAGUAUAUGGUGGGAACCCCAGAGCUCCCUGGGAAUUGCAGACGUAGCUGUAAAGCUUGUUAAAAGCGUUUACUGAUAAAUUCUUUUUUUUUUCUCUGUAUCAUUAAGUGAUCGAGCUUAAUGCAAUUGUUUCUCUUUCUUGUUCCUGAACCUGUUGUUGCUGUUAAAUGUAUUAUCACUGGAUUCUGUUUUUUUUUUAAUAUAUAUAUAGUAGAAUGGUUUCUUA